AUGCCGUCGAUGAUAGAUCAUGUGCUUGGACGGCCGUCCAACAAAUACAGGAAGUUCGAAGUGUUCUGUGUGGUUGUCUUCUGGACAGGCAUCCUGGGAGCAGGUAAUAAACAUGGUCCACCGUUUCUACGCAAAUACUUCAGGGCUCUGUCGACCCGUCUUACUCCAUGGCAAACAUUUAUUACUACAAUGUUAUGUCUAUACGUUUCUCAAAACUUCAGCAAGAUCAUGGGCCUCGAGUCUCCAGAGCCACUUGCGAAUCUCUACACAAAGGCAUACUUCCGUGCCACUUGGGUCACGACUGCCUUAGAUGCUGGGUUUUGGACAGCUAUGCCGAUUAGAUGGAAGUGGCUUAGGGAUCUCUGUGGUCCUCUCUUUUCGGUAUUUUAUCUCUUUGCUACUCGUCUAGCCGAUGAAAAGCAGCGAAAGUGUCGUGCUACCAUCACCACCGAGCAUAUGCGAGUCAGCUGGAAUAAAAUGCGCAAUCCAUAUCUUCUGGCAGCCCAGAAGCUGGUCAGUCCACCUCUUGGUGUCACCCCACGCCAUAUAAAGAUUGCCCGACCGAAGGAGUCUCCGAACAAAGAGCCCAUUAAUGCUGUGCUCUACUUCAACGGUUCUCGUACGGAUCUCUACCGCUGCUCCAAAGUUGUUCUCGACUUCCCUGGUGGUGGGUUUGUGGCUAUGUCUCCCCGCUGCCAUGACGAUAAGCUCUGUGCGUGGGCCAGGAAGCUGCCGUACCCCAUCAUCUCUGUCGACUACAAGAAGGCUCCAGAAUAUCCGUAUCCGUACGCACUUAACGAGUGCUACGAUGUUUAUCAUUCGAUCGUUUAUACUAAUGGCAAGUGUGUUGGCUUGAGUGGAGAGAAGAAGCCGAGAAUUGUGCUCGUGGGCGAUUCGGCUGGCGGCAACUUUGCGGUCGGUGUUACGCUGAUGAUUUUGAAUACUGUGGGCACGAAUGCGAGGUAUAGGCAACAGGAGUUUAAGAGUCUUCCUUUGCCUGAUGGGUUGGUGCUUAUAUAUCCAAGCUUGGACAUGAACAUCGGAUCCUGGAUGUCUGAAGAGCAAAUGUCACUUAUCCGUGACCGCCAAACCCGCAAGAUCAAUCGAUCUUACAUUCGUCGCAAGUCAGAGUAUUUUGAACAGACAUCUGGUAUCCAUGGUGUUGCCACGGAAGACUCUGAUUCCGAGAAUGCGAACUCUGUUGCGAAAUCCACCGCUACUAUCAAGCCUACUUCGAAUCCACCCAAUGUAGCGGCCACUCGGUCGGAGGAGACAAAGUCAGCCGUCACAGGCCCAGCUGCCGAAUCUACAGAUCGUAAAGUCGUCCAGACACGCCUAGCGACCACCAGCAGGAUCAGCUACUUUAAUGAUCGUAUUCUGACACCUGAGAUGAUGCGAGCGAUGGUUAUCUUAUAUGUCGGGCCUGAUAACCGACCUGACUUUACGACUGAUUUCUUGCUUUCACCUGUCGUUGCACCGGUGUCAUUACUUGAGAUGUUCCCUAAAUCCUACUUUUUGACGGGCGAACGUGAUCCUCUAGUUGAUGAUACAGUUAUCUUCGCUGGUAGAUUGCGACGUGCGAAGUUUGACCUGUGGAAGCGACGAAAAGAAUUGGGAUUGGAGAGAGGGUCUUUCGAUGAGAAGAAGCACCUUGAAGUCUCGUUGAUUCCAGGGAUCUCGCAUGGUUUCUUACAAAUGUGUUCCAUCUUCCCACCCGCCUGGGCACAAAUUGAUAAAUGUGCCAAGUGGAUGACUGAUAUUUUGGAAGAUGAGAGGCUUGACGAUGGUGGGCUAACCAGCCCUGAGGAUUACUUUUCGAUGGGUAGCAAGAAGAGUGAUGGUUUCGGGGGCUUUGGAGGAAGCAUUGAUGGAUCGAAGAGUAGGACUGGAAGUAUGAGUGAGGAUGAAAGGCCAUUGGAGAUCGGAAUGGCAUCUUUGUUGAAGAAAGAGAAGAAGGCGAAGGCGGAGAAGGCGGGUCAGUCGGAUGCUACAUUGAAGGGUGGGGACACGGGGCAUGUCAACGGGAACGGUGGAUAUCGCAUGGACCCUACCAAUGACAGUAAUGUUGUAGCUCCAGGAAGGAUGAUUAGUGAGGAUCAUCGAAGCAAGAGCCAGAGGAGUUUGGCUAGUGACGAAGAUCUUGUCGGGAGAAGGAUGGAAGGGCUUACGAGCACCCUUGGAGGCGCGGUCAAUGAGACUUAG